UGAGCAGUUUGUUAAUCCCAGAGUUAAUCUCUUUGGUUACGGUGAGAGGAGGUGGAAUGUACUCGGUGGAUAAUGUGGAAAAGUUUAUUUAAAAGGAAGUGGCAGACUUCACUGUCAUUGCUUGAGGAAAUAUUGAAGUCAUUUGGGGCUUCCGGCAGCACAGUGGCAGCGGUUCUCAAAACAUAGACUGCUAUGGUCGCAAUGGGUUUCCUUUCUUACUUAGUCCUGUGUUGUGUGUUGGGUGUGACGCUAGGUCAAAGUGACACCGGCGGGUUCGUGUGUCCGAAAGAAGGUCUCUACGUUAACCCGUAUGACUGUGGGAGUUACUACCAGUGCGCUACUGGCCUUAGUUCUCCUUACGUCAUGCACUGCGCUCCAGGCAGCUAUUUUGAUGAGGACUUGGGCAACUGCGUCGCUAUGAAUGACGUCAAAUGCAACGGCAGGCCCUCCAAAGAUUCUUCUGGCAUCCAGUCGGUAUCUACCCGCCAGACCAACAUUCAAUUUCCCAACACAAAUCUUGGCAAGAGUGUGACCCUAAGAUUAAACAGCCGACAAAAUGGCCCUUUGCUUCGAAGUGACCAGUGCGCAGAGAUAGGGCGUCAGUUGACCCGGUACCUCAAGACCCUGGUCAGCACCUAUGAACCAUCGUGUACAGUCAAUUCAGCCUGCCAACAGAACUUGCCGUUUUUCAAAGUUGAGUGUCAGACUACAACCGGACGAGUUAUUGUCUAGAAAACGCAAUGUGUGUGUGUGUUUGAGAGAGAGAGAGAGAGAGAGAGAGAGUAUGUGUGUACUGAUUGUGUACUUUAGGCUAGGCGUACAAUGAACCAUGACAGCGACAAUUAUGCCAAACGUACAAACAGAAAUGAAAAGAAUUUUAAAUGGCGAUGAUCAAUUAUUAAAGACGAUUUGCAUCCGUCUUUUAAAUGUUACAUGUCCUUUAAACGACGGAAGUUCCUUCCGUAAACGAAGACAUUCAGUUGUUACGUCAUCUUUCGUAUUGAUAUUUUUUUUCCCUGGCUAAUUCAACCGUUUCGCGUUCUAGUGACACUUGGGAAGAAAGAGUUAUUUGUUCUAAAAUAUAGAUUAUGAAAUUCGAUUUUAGUGCACUCAAAGCAAUAAAAUAAAAUAUAGUGGCGAAACCUUACAAUUCUGAAAAAGAGACAAAACUAGGAUUCCGUAAAGGAUCAAGCAAUCAGAACAGUUCGCAUGAUGUAACAAUGAACAAAAACAUAGACAAAAGCAGUAUAAAACAAAACAUGUCUCUAGACGGAAAACAAUAAUUUUGAGGCUUUUUUUUCCUUUCUAAAUCUGAUCCUGUGGAGUCUCUUAACACCAUAGAUACCACGGUAUUAAAGCAUUUUCUUUAUACAUUGUUUACACACUGUGGUCUAAGUCAGUUGGGUUAAAGAUCUCUGUGGAAAUCCCUGAUGCACAACUGCGGUCACGGGUUGGGUAUAUGUAAUCACCAGGCGCUACGGCACUUUCACCCUUCUUUAUGCUACUGUCUGUUACCUGCAAUCCGGGACACUUCUUAUAUGCUCUCUCCAACUCUCCAUGUGCAUUUAUCCAGUGCCACUUUUUCCUGUGCUAAAUUCAUUUAACUGUAUUUAUCAUUUAGUUGGUUGUAGUAGCUAAGAACAGAGUGUGUGCCUAUCUCUACCACAAGUGUGUAGUGUUGAUAUAAUAAAUUAAAAAUUAAAAAAUUAUAGUUGAUUUAUGCAAAAUAAAAGGUAAUUUAAUUAUCAAUA